UAUCACGAACGCUUAGACAGAGGAGUACAAACCCCCCUCCUAAGUGCUAUGGCCGGGCUACAAACACGCCACUUUCUCAAAGCCUUCACCUUGUUUUCUUUACUCUUCCUUUACAACUGCUCUGCUAAACUGAACGUUUUCCUGGAGGCAAAAGAGGUAUCGCGUUUUCUUUAUGAUUUAAAAACAAACUUGUACCUCGUCCGAGAUGGUAUUGUGGCCCCCGUGCUGAAGACACCGAUAUUGUCAAGCAUGAUUCCUCCAAUUGACCACAGAAUCAAAGACCUCAAAUUUCGGUUCAAUGGCACUAAAAAGGUUCAGUAUUCCUUGAACUUCAAAUCGAGCAACGAAACCAUCAUGAGGCAUCCCACGACUAACAUCCGUUUGACGGGACUCGUACCCAGAAAAACCAAAGUUUUCCGGGUGAAAUUCCCGUGCACCGGGAAGGUAACAGGAGAGGCCCUGCUAACCAUUAACAUCAGCUUUGCUGAGGUGGCCGGAAGCCAGAUAUGGGGUCCUCUGAGCCUCACUUUGAGGCGCAACUGCGUGGCUGACAAAUACAAACGGACCAACACGGGGCGGAAUUCCUCAGAACAAGGAGGCUCGCCACUUCCUCCUCCAAAGAUUUGCAAUAAAAGGUGCAAUAGGAGACAUGUCAUGAGAAGGUUCUGUUUGAGUGAUUUUGUGAUCAAAGCCCGAAUGGAAUCCGAGAUUAUGAAAAAUGGCUUGCCUCGUUUACGAGUCCGCAUACUGCGCAUGUACAAACAAGGGAGAGUCAAGAUCAACAACAGACAUCAGUUAUUGGACAAGAGAGGACUGGAAAUAACCUGCAGCUGCAGUAAUCUGAAGGUCAACAAAGUGUAUUUGAUCCUGGGGAAGGAAGACAAGCGAAGACGCCUGUUGUACUUGGACAAUUUCUCGACAGCAGUUGAUUGGAGUAAAAAUGGUAAACAGUACAUUAGAGCGAACAGGAAGAAUAAUUCUUGUCCUCAGAGAAGAACACCAUAAAACGAACAAUACCAUGGCGACGAUCCCUGUAGAUUUGAAACACCUAGAUAUUAAUUGUAAAAACUCGGAGAGAUUUAUCAUAAGCAGAAUACUUGCCAGAACAUGUAGACUUGCUCCAUAAUGUUUUUGCCAGCGGUUACGUUUCAAAAGUACUUCAUGUAAAGGGCUUUCAUAUAAACCACGCUAUUAAAGGUUUGUUACCUCAGGAUUAAUUGUUCAAGUGGAUGGAAAGUGCUUCAGGGCAAGCGCUCAGCAUGCAUUCGUCACAGCGGUUUAUUUGGCGGCGGUAGAAGCUGGGCAUAUUAAAUUAUGGCAAGAACACUUUUGCAUUUUGUCAAGUUAAGCUAAAUUUGAGAAUA